AUGGCCAAGGCCACGGGCGAGCUGGACCGUGUCGUCGGCGGUGGCAGGCUGGUCACGGAGGAGGACAUCCCGCGCCUCCCGUACCUGGAUGCUGUGGUGAAGGAGACCUUGCGCGUGCACCCGGUCGCGCCGCUGCUCGCGCCCCGGCUGUCCCGCGAGGACACCUCCGUGGGCGCCUACGAUAUCCCGGCCGGCACCAUCCAAUCUCUCCGUGGCUAUGUUAACGUCUGGGCCAUUGCCCGCGACCCUGCUCUGUGGGGGGACGCCUCGGAGGAGUUCCGGCCGGAGCGCUUCGUCGGGAGCGGAGUGGACGUGAAGGGCCACGACUUGGAGUUCCUGCCGUUUGGGUCCGGCCGCCGGAUGUGCCCGGGCCUCGGCCUCGGGAUGAAGAUGGUGCAGCUGAUGCUAGCAAACCUUCUUCAAGCCUUUGCAUGGAGGCUCCCCGACGGCGUGGGUGUGGACGACCUGAGCAUGGAGGAGAAAUUCGGGCUGUCCAUGCCGCGAAUGGUCCCGCUUGAGGCCGUACCUGAGCCCAAGCUCCCUGCUCACUUGUACGAUGGGCCAUGUCCAUGA